AUGACUAUGGCAGCCGCCGAUAAUCCGAAAAGCGCGACUGAAGACCUUAUCGUUGCGGUCGCGAAGACGGGCAAGGACACUGCUCGCUUCCGAGCGCUCAAACGUCGCGUCGAUGAAUCUCUCAAGACAUCGCUGCAUGGGCGGACUGACCAGUUUGCUGUAGCGAAGCAACUUGAAGGGCUACUGGAGAAAUUCCGGGUUCUCAACCGCGACGAUCUGGCCGAUGCGCUUCAGCCAAGACUCGCUGAAUUGGACGAGCACCGCAGCAACGUGUUUCCGGAGCUUCUCUCUUUCCUUCUGCAGCUUGCAGAUCGGCCGGCUCAACUCUCGAACGUUGAUCGGCUUGCAAAGCCCCAACCCCAGGACGAGGAGCAGCAGCUCUCGUGGACCGACUUCGAUGCCUCCGGCGCCGCAUAUUGCGACGAGGAUAUCUGGGAAAACGUCGACUAUGGUGCUAGCUCAUCCGAGGAGGACGAUAUCUCUUCAAUAUCCAGCGACCAUCAGGCUCUCCGAAGCUUCACUCAAAUCGCCUCGGAAGAUGACUACGUGAUUCCCGACAGCAUAUUCUCUUCAGGGGAAGAUGAAGCUCUUGUGACGUCCAUCAAGAGCGUGCAGUUCUGGAGGGAUGAGAAUAGGUCGAAUCACUCGGAAAGCACCAAAGAAUCUUUCCAGGAGUUGACCGAGCUUCAAAUCGUAAGGGAAGCGAUUUUCAUGCUGCAAGGAUUGCCAACGUCUCUUUUAUGGCGGGUUGACGGGAACGUUGAGGUGGACCGACGGUAUACACUUUCACACUUGUCUCAAGAGGCGCUUUCGUCCGUCUUGCGCUCAAUAAGCGCUUGUGGGACUAAGAUUGACGCUCUAAGACGAUUUACCAGAGCGCCGCAAUCCGCUGCUUACAUGCAAACGUUCCACCGCAGCAUCGAGGACUGCUUGCACAAGUUCGAUGUAUUUCUCUCCGACGUGCAGUCCCGGUUCCUUGCAAAAGGCUCGUCGGUGGCCAUAAGCCUCCUGCAGUUGUCCGAUGAUGUCCAGCGCGAAUCAAAAUUGCUCAUCCUCCUGGCUGACCUCGUUUCUGAUAUCGACAAAACCGGAGCAGCAAAUGGUGUUCAAUGCUUGGACCUCCUAUUCGAUUUGGUAUGCAUCACGCAAGCAGCUGGGGACGACGAGAAUUUUGCUCUGUUAGCCAGUAUCUUUUUCUCAUCAUUUGAAACCUACGCUCGUCCUCUUUAUCGCUGGAUGGAAAGCGGCCAGCUAGAAAGCCCUGAGUUAUUUUUCAUCUCCGAGAACCGCCAGAAAAAUGACUUGCGGACGCUAUGGCACGACUGGUAUAUGCUGGAUACGCAAUCGGAGCUAGCGAGGAUACCCAAUUUUCUCCGCCCUUUUGCUCAUCGGAUAUUCAUCACUGGCAAAAGUAUGGUCUUCUUGAAUCGCUUGAACAAGGCCGAGAGCCUAGAGGCACAGGGCAAAACAGCUCUAAGCUUUGAGGAUGUCUGUCCCUCUGACCCGUCGUCACUCUGCCUUCCGUUUUAUGCACUGCUUGACGCUGCCUUCAGCAAAGUGGUCAACGAUAAUCACGCAUUUACAUCGUCUCUCCUGCGGAAGGAGUUGGACGAGCAAUGCGGUUUAUGGAUAUCGCUCCAGGCCCUGGAACAUAUCCAUCUCUGCAAGGAUAUAAGCCUGAUUGGACCGAUCGACACCAAGAUAUUUGAGCUGAUUGACCGAAGAAAGGGUGGAUGGAGCGACAGGUUUCUGCUCACAGAGCUCGCUCAAACAGCAUUCGGCUCCUUGCCCUUCAUCGACCCGACCCGACUAAUCGUCCGGUCCGGCAAAGACGCGGACAACCGCAGCCGCUCAGUGAAGGUGCUUUCAAGCCUAUCUUUCGAUUACAUUCUGCCCUGGCCUGUCGCAAACAUCAUCACCAAAGACGGCAUCGCCGCCUACCAGCGCGUUUCAACCUUCCUGAUGCAGAUCCGCAGAGCAAAGUACAGCAUCGUGAAACAACGCCUCCAAUACUCUCACCACGAACCCAGUCAAAACUCGAACCCCAGAGGCCAAACACUCAGUUACGCCCUCCGCCACAACCUACUCUGGUUCCUUAAUGUCCUCUACAGCCACCUCACCGGCUUCGUCAUCUCAUCCACCACCGAAUCACUACGUAAAUCCCUCUCGACUGCCACCGACGUGGAUUCUAUGAUAGCCGCGCACCGCUCAUACAUGGCAUCGCUAGAGGAGCAGUGUCUCCUCUCCAAGAACCUUCACCCCCUCCACCAAGCCACAAUCACCAUCCUCGACCUCUGCAUCUCCUUCGCAGACUUGCACGCCUUCCACUCCCAAAAUCAAAAGCAACACGCAGACCCAACCCAAACGCCUCGUCGACAAGUACCAGGGAAACCAUUCAAGACAAGCCUAACGCCAACGCCCCGCAAGACACGUUAUGAGUACUCCUACGGAGACGAAGAAGACACAGACGAGGACUUCGACGAAGCUAACUCCCAGUCUGAAGAUGAAGAUGAUGACGAAGCCGGGAACCACGAUUGGCCGCAUCGUCGAACGCCGCUCCACGAACCUCAGUAUGUUCAGCGCUUGAAGGAUAUCCAGGGCCAGUUUAACCACCUCGUUGCGUUCCUGGCUGCGGGGUUAAAGGGCAUUGGGCGCGUCGAUGGACAGGUUAGUUGGGAGAUGCUGGCGGAGAAGUUGGAGUGGAGGAAGGAGAGGGCCGCUGGAUGGCCAUAG